GUUCAAUGCUUUCUAAAUGCAUAAUGCAAGUUUUUGUUUAAAAUAGGGUCCCUUUAUUUAGUUUUCUUUUAUUCUUUUUCUUUAUAUUAUUUAGAUAUGUUGGAAAGAGUCAAUACAGACACAAUGCUCGAAGGAGGCGACAAAAUCAAUCUCGUUCAGACAGGAUCAAGUGCUUCAAAAACCCUCGUUGGCGACAUCGUCAUUGAAAAAACCUUCAGUCAUGAACAAGCGCUUAUGUCUCGUAUUGAUGAUGCUGAAAAAGAGGAAAAGAACAUUACGCGCAUCAUUGAUAAACGCAUGAUGCCUUUAUUCUGUAUUUUUUAUUUUGUAGACUUUUUAGAUCGUGCCAAUAUUGGAAAUGCUAGUUUAGCAGGCAUCCAAGUAGAUUUGAAUUUAACUCCAAAGCAGCUGAGCAUGGCUAUAUCUGCAUUUUACAUUACAUACAUCAUAUUCGAAGUACCAUCCAAUAUCAUCUUAAAACGUACAAAUGCCGUCAUGUGGCUAUCGUUUAUUAUGUUUGUGUGGGGGUUUGUUACACUUAUUAUGGCAUUCGCAAAAAACUUCCAAAGUCUCCUCAUAUGUCGACUGUUUCUUGGGGCUGCCGAAAGCGGAUACAUUCCUGGCAUUCUUUAUUUGAUGUCUAAAGUAUACAAGCCUAGACAAUUCACGUUACGUGUUGCUAUGAUGCUCUGUAUGUCUUCUAUAUCCGGUGUUGUUUCCGGCCCGAUUGCAUACGGCACCUCCUUUCUUGAGGGACAAAAGGGCCUGCAUGGCUGGCAGUAUUUAUUUAUUCUGGAAGGAGUGCCUACUAUAUGCCUUAGUGUUAUCUCCUAUUUCUAUUUAUUUGACGACGUUCAACACGUUCCGUGGUUGACAGAUGAACAAAAGGCAUUACACAAGUCAUACACUCAAACAGAGUCAACGAAUGCACAAGUCAAUGUGAAAACGGUCAUCAAGGCAUGUGCAGAUUGGAAAACGAUUCUUUUCGCUAUUGUUUAUAUACUAAAUGCUAUCAACUUUACGAGUUAUCAAGUAUUUACACCGAUCAUCAUUGAUGGGUUCGGAUUCCCCGUAUUGACAUCGCAGCUGUUAUCUGCCCCACCUAGUGCAGUUCAAGCAUUCGCUAUUUUGCUUGGCGGAUAUCUAACAGAUAGAUACAACAAUAAAAGAGGCGUUGUUAUGGCGAGCGGAUUCGCAAUAGGUGCCUUUGGAUUCCUUUUAUUAAAAAUCCUUGAAGAUCGAUGGGCGAAGUACGGUGCACUCUUUAUUAUUCCUUUUGGUGUUGGUCUACAAUCCUCUGCCACUGUCGGCUGGUCUGCAGUCAACUUUCCAAACUUGGAAAUUCGUGCAGUAGCAGUAGCAGUCGUUGUCAUGGUAGGAUGCACAGGAGGGGUGAUCGCUUCAUAUAUUUAUCCAUUAAGUGAUGGACCCUAUUAUCACUUUGGCAAUUCCAUCAAUUUAGCUUGUGGCCUCUUAGGGAGUGUUUUUUCGUUGUUGACAAGUUAUCUAUUAUAUAGACAGAAUUGUAAGCUGGAUUUACAAUCUUCCAUUGAAUGCGGGAAAGAAGAAAAGGAAUCAUCACAAUUCAGAUACUAUUAUUAAAGCUAUAGAGAAUCCACUUUAUCAUUUAUAAAUUAAAUAAUAGUCAAAAUAAAAUGACGUAU